AUGGUAAGCUAUUUGAUUUUCUACUCUUCUGCCCCUUCAUUUUCUGAGAUAGGAGAACUGAAGCCCGGCCAAAAGGAAGAUCUGGAAUUGACAUUAUUUGACUUGGCCGCUGUUGUUUGUGCAACCAAAAACUUUUCAAACAACAAUAAACUUGGAGAAGGUGGUUUCGGAUCAGUCUUUAAGGGUACAUUAAAAGAUGGACAAGAAAUAGAUGUGAAAAGGCUCUCAAAACAUUCUAGACAAGAACUCAAUGAGUUGAAGAAUGAGGCAUGGAUGCUAUACACAGAAGGCAGGUCCAUUGAAGUGCUUGAUGCAUCAGUAGGGGACUCCAGUGAUCCACAUGAAGUUGUGAGAUCAAUUCAUGUAGGUCUUUUAAGUGUGCAGCAUAACCUGGCAGAUAGACCGAGCAUGCCAGCUGCAGUUGUAAUGCUGAGUGGUGAAGGGUCAUUGCCUCAACCUCAAAAACCUGGUUUUUAUAGUGAAUGGGAUCUCAAUCAACUCGAAGUCGAUCCUUCGUCUUAA